GGUUAAAGUCACAGUUAGCGAAUCGGGGAGGUGUCGAGGGCAGCUCAAACAAGUGGCUGGAGCCUUGAUGAAAAAUGCUCACAUGCAGUCUGGCACCGGUAAACUGCGGGAAUGAGCCUCUGAUUUUUUUUUCUUCCAACUGAAUGGUCAUAGAAGGACUCUGCAGAAUCUCAAGGGGAUUUAAAGUUGAAUGCCAUUGGGAAAAGCAACAUUUUAAAGAGAAACCUUUUGAGCCUCACAACAAACUCUAAAGAGGAAAAUGUUGCACGCCGUCUUGUUCGUUUUCAGUGUCUUCAGCGUGGGGAGGGGAUAUCGGACGAGUUCAGACAGCACUGUGGGCAAGAGACAAUAUCAGAUCCAAAACGGCCCUUGCAGCUAUACCUUUCUACUGCCUGAGCAGGAGAACUGCCAAAGUCCGAGCAGCCGCUACAAUUAUCCAGUUCAAAAGGACGGGCCCGCAGACAAUGACGAGUCAUCUCACAGGCUGGAACAGCUUGAGAUGGUGAUGGAGAACAACACACAAUGGCUACUUAAGCUACAGAAUUACAUCCAAGAGAGCAUGAAGCAGGAUAUGGUCCAAAUCCAACAGAGUGCAGUGCAAAAUCACACAGCGACAAUGAUUGAAAUUGGAACAAAUUUGCUCAGUCAGACUGCAGAGCAAACAAGGAAACUGACCAAUGUGGAGACACAGGUUAUUAAUCACACAACUCGACUCGAACGGCAAUUGCUUGAGAAUUCCUUGUCGACAAAUAAACUGGAAAAACAAGUGAUUGUUCAAACUAAUGAAAUAAGUAAGCUGAAUGACAAAAACAGCUUGUUGGAGAAGAAAGUAAAGGAGCUGGAAGAGCAGAGGCAGGUGGAGCAGAAGAUGCUUCGAAUUGAAAAGGAUCAGCUUCAGAUCCUAAUACAGAGGCAGACGGCCAUCAUUGGCGAGCUGGAGCAACAGCUGCUCAGGUUGUCAUCAAACAACAGCGUACUGCAGCAUCAGCAACAGGAGCUUCUGGACACUGUGAACCACCUAAUUCACACCUUCUCCACUGGCAAAGCCCAAGAGACAAAAACUGCCAUGAUGCAGGACACUCCAUCCACAUUCAUGGACUGUGCUGCCAUCUUCAAGUCAGGAAACACGAAGAGUGGUGUCUAUACUCUGACGUUACCCAAUACUACAGUGGAGAUUAAGGCUUUCUGUGACAUGGAGACAGAGGGAGGUGGCUGGACAAUACUACAAAAACGCCUUGAUGGGAGUGUUGACUUUCACCGUACGUGGCAAGAGUAUAAAAAGGGUUUUGGAGAUCCAUCAGGCGAAUUUUGGUUAGGAAAUGAAUUUGUAUUCAGGCUAACAAGUCAACACGCCUACAGCCUAAGGAUCCAAUUGAGUGACUGGGAAGGGAACUCUGCAUUCUCCCAGUAUGACCAGUUCUCACUUGAUGGUGAAGGGCAAAACUACAGGAUACACCUUAAAGGCUACAGUGGAACAGCAGGCAAAAUAAGCAGCAUCGGUCAGCCAGGAAGUGAUUUUAGUACAAAGGACGCAGACAAUGACAAAUGUGUUUGCAAAUGCUCACAACUGACAACAGGGGGUUGGUGGUUUGAUGCUUGUGGACCGUCCAAUUUAAAUGGCAUGUAUUACCAGCGAGGCCAAAACUCCAAUCGCUUCAAUGGCAUUAAAUGGUACUACUGGAAGGGCUCCGGAUAUUCACUGAAGGCCACGUCUCUGAUGAUUAGGCCAGCAGACUUCUAAGUUUUAUCAUUUGAAUGGGCACUAAACAAGAUGGAGCCCAAAGCACCUCAUGACAUUCCUGAAAGGGCUAACAGGGGAAGUACUAAUUGGUUGUAUUAACUCUUAAUGAUUUGAAUCAAAAAUGGUCAAAUUAAGGCACGCCGUACACCGAGAUGCAGCCAAUCCGAUUUAUUUGUUGCAGUUUGCACCGUUCCAUAUCUAGACCAUCUGCAACUAGCUUUGAUGCUUUUCAAAAUUAGACUGCAGAUCAACAGCGGUGCAACGUUGCAGAAAUAAUGGACGAUCAUGAAUGCCAUGUCGUAUUACAUCAGCUUUCAUUCCAAAAACAUACGUGUCAGGGUACAAAGCAUGAGGCAGCCGACUGCCACCAAGCCGUACCAAUACACAAUAAUAUUUAGCUAAACUGAAUUGUAACUCGGGUAAAAAGCAAAACGUGGAGGGUGUUGCUGAAAUGCACGAGUGCAAUCAAGAAAUGAGGAAAUCAUUUCCAACAGCCCCUCAAAUAUCUACACUGUCGCCUUUAUUUCCCCCCCCCCCAUUUACUUUCAUUGUACAGUAUUAACAUAAUAUAGCUGUGAAGCGGGCAAUAAAUUUCUUCCCUUAUGAUUGCACAAAGUUAUUUAUUGUUCAAUAAAAAUUAAUAUAGUACAGCACAUCCGGUGCCUCAAAAUUUUGGGCAAAAAAAAAUAAAAGGGGCUUAUGAUUGUGCGUGAGUUGCAGUCUGCAAUUGUUGAUUGCCCAGUUUGUCACGUUCGGUGGCAUCGCUCGGUGUGCGGUGGGCCUGACAUAAAAGGCAAUGAAAUGUAUUAACAACUUUGGCAAUUAGAAAUUACACUGUAAGUCUCAUUUGUGGUAAAAGUGUACAGUUAAUGAGUAAUAUAUAUGUUGCUAUACAGUUGCUAUACUCGGUGUUUCAACCAUGGUUGCCAAUGACACUUCCCAGAAAUAGAGGCUCUGGUACAACAUGAACAUUGGGUGGAAAACAAUUGGCAUAACAUAUUUAGAAUUAAUUGCUUGACAUUUGUUUCUGUUGUAGAUGUCAAUAAGCCAAUUGUAAAUGACACUGAGAAUCUCGGUUUCGAAAAUGUUUGUUUUAUUAAUGUGCGGAAUUAUUUGAAGAUUUCUUUGACCCGUUCUUUUUUAUCAUCAAGUCACCCGUAUGUGAAUCGUUAGAGAACUAGCAUUUAUAUUGCACAUUAACAGUGCUUUUGGGAAAAAUACAUCUUUAUUUAUGUAAUGGUUCAUUUGAAUCUCUCUUCCAACACUGAGUUUUUAUGAUAAUGUACCCGUAAAAAUUAGUUUGUAUAUUAUGAUGUCAAUAAUGAGGUCAAUUAUCACCUUUGGUAUUUCAAACAAGUCAAGAGGUUUGGCGUGGGUGUAGCUCAUGGACAUAUGCAAUACUUAAAUGUGAAGUACAUUUCAGUGGUGGUGGGGUUACAUACUUUUAUCAAGCAGAAGCUAUGAGUUGCAUAAAGUGUAGAUAGAAAGGAAAAAAAACGUUUUGAAAAAGAAUUUCUUGAAACCACAUCACACUGCAAAGAAAUGGCUAAAAAGAAGGCAUGCAUGUGGUUCUGCAUCAACACAAUUAUAAAGUGUACCGCGACAGAAAUGUGCUGACAUUUGUCUACGUCAAGAGGCUGUCGUUGCUCGCUGUGGCAGCAGAGGACAGUGACUCAUGAGUUCAGGAAGAGGCAACAUCCAUAUUUCUCACAGGAUACUUCAGGAAAAACAAGCUGACUGAAAAUGGAUGGCUGGCAAUAAAAACUAACAGGCGGCCAACUGACUUCCUCCGCCUAGCAUUUAUGAGCAAUUAUUGGAUUGAGCGACAGCGAGGGGAUCAUCACAAAUGCUUUGUAUUGUGAACAUGAUUCAUAACAGCAGGCACUGCACAAUGGAAAAAUAAUUUACAACUGUAUUUGUCAGAAAGUAAAGAAUAUAAAUCUUUCACUUAAAGAGCAAAGUUAAAUAGAAGUUAAGAUCACAAAAGCCUGAAGCUAUAACUGAGAAAAUGUGAAGUGAGGGAGCCAGCACAAGCACGAGCAUAGCGAUUUUUCAUUGUUUUAAUAUUUCAUACUUGUCGGUUUAACCAGUUGUACGUUUUUGACCCAGCAUACCUGGGCAUAUCCAUUAAUUCACUUACAACACCAUAAGUAUGUGCAUAGGGUAAAUAUUGUAUUACAAGUCGAUGAAUUUCUGGAUUCUGUCAAUGUCUUUUAUAUUUUAUUUUAUUUUUAUGCUCUGCAAUUUGGUGUUUAGAGUUCGUAUUGUGUUUAUUUAUGUGGAGGAUGAAUAAAAAACAAUCUAUUCUAAAA